AUGCUUCCUAUUAUAACGAGAUUGGCAAGACCUGCUGUGAUGACCGCUAGACCUGUGAAUGCCAUAGGGGUUUUGAGAGCGUCCAGCAUAACGAAAAGACUUUAUCAUCCCAAGGUUAUAGAACAUUACACACACCCAAGAAAUGUCGGUUCACUAGAUAAGAAAUUACCCAACGUCGGCACGGGCUUAGUGGGUGCGCCAGCGUGCGGUGAUGUGAUGAGGUUGCAGAUCAAAGUAAACGACUCUACUGGCGUUAUUGAGGACGUCAAGUUUAAAACUUUUGGAUGUGGCUCCGCCAUUGCCUCCUCUUCAUAUAUGACUGAAUUGGUACAGGGAAUGACCUUGGACGAUGCCGCGAAGAUUAAGAACACUGAAAUUGCUAAGGAAUUGAGCUUGCCCCCCGUCAAGUUGCACUGCUCUAUGUUGGCGGAAGAUGCGAUCAAAGCAGCUAUUAAGGAUUACAAGUCCAAGAGAAACACUCCAACUACGCUAUCGUAA